GGGUUCUUCUUUAAAUGUUCCUUGUCAACGUUAGACACUAACAGCCACGAGAAAGCUGGUGUAUUUACCGGGGAAUAGAAAUGGCUGUGGUACACAGAAUGAAACUGGUUUUGACAGAUGACAGUCCAGCGAGCUACCGUGUUAGCUUAGCAGCCUUGAGCUUGGAUCUGGGGAAAAAAACAACAUAGCCUGCUGCAUUUUUUUUAAGUUUUCCCUUUAAUUUCGCGGAAUAUACCAAGGACAACAGAAGUGAGACACCAUGUCCAGAGAUGUAGGGGUGUCUGAGCUGCUGGCGCUGUUGCAGAGCUCCGAUCUGAAAGAACUGGAGCAGGUCAAAAGCACCAUCAGCGAACAGCUCAACACAGACCGUGGGACCGUGGUCUUGUCCAGUCUCUUGGAGUUCUACCUUGACUCCAGCUCUUCUGAAGCAGCUCUACUGCUCUCCUCCAUCAGAGAGCCGCUCGACAAGCCCCUUCUGGAGAAGCUCAACGACUGUCUGGUGAAGUCGGUGAACCGGCUAGCGUCCCUCACCUUGCUGGGCCACGUGGUGCGCAGACAGCCCCCAUGGAUCCACAAGAUCAGCCGCUCCCCGCUGCUGCCCUCCCUGCUGCGCUGCCUCAAGGGCGACUCGGACGUGGUGGUCCUGGUGACGGGCGUUCUGGUUCUAGUGGCCUUGUUACCCAUGAUCCCUCAGGCGGGCAAGCGGCACAUCUAUGACUUCUUCGAUGUGUUCGGGAGACUGGCCUCCUGGAGUCACAAAAACCCAAGUGCGGUCCACGAAGCAUACCUGGUGCACCUGCACGCCAGUGUGUACAGCCUCUUCCACCGGCUGUACGGCAUGUUCCCCUGCAACUUCAUCUCCUACCUGAGGCUGCACUACAGUAUGAAGGAGAACCUGGACGUCUUCCACAACAUAGUCAAGCCUAUGUUGGAGCAUGUGAGGGUCCAUCCGGAGCUGGUGACCGGGGCCCAGGACUCUGAGCUUGAUCCGUCCAGGUGGAAGUGCUAUGAGGUCCACGACAUCGUCAUAGAAUGUGCCAAAGUCUCCCUGGACCCCCGGGAGGAGGGCUGCCCCCAGUUGGCGGAUAAGUGGUCGUGCCUCAGGCCUGACCACCUCAGCCUGCCGCCCACCCCCCUCACCCCCCAGACCCCCCUGGCCCAGCGCCUCAGCGGAAGUUCCACCAGUACACCUAUGUCGCUGUCUCUGAUGGAUGGACACAGCCCUAUUAUCCAGCAGUGGGAUAGCAAUGAUGUCAUCUGGAGCCCCUCUAUUGAAUGUAAACUGGCCACGCCCCCAGCGUCCCGUGGACUCUCCCCUGCCAAUGUCUCAGACACCACGCUAAGCCCCACCCAGCCUCUGAACAGGACCACCUCCAUCAGCGGUUUAAGAUAUCCUGCAUCAGCCAACGUCUCGCCGUCCCCCACCAUGACUCUGGAACAUCAGCAGCAGAAAAAGCAGCAGCCAAUGGCAGAGCUGGAAAGUUCAGCCAGUCAGCAAAUGAAAGUAAAGGGCAAAGAAAGACAAGAAACGAACAACAACUCUGGGAAGAGUAUGUCCCUGAACGAGCUGUCCAGCUUCAUCACAGAGACACAGGGAGAGACGGAAAGCCAUAAGGAGAGAGAUGACGAGUCCAUAACGGAGGAGUUGUCAAAGCUGUCGUCCCCUGAGCCUUCGCUCCUCCAGGACUCUGUCUCCAUGUGCUCUCUGGGGAGCCUGGGGGAGUCCUCGGUGGACCUGCCCCAGCACAGCCCCCCCGCCAGCAGCCAGCAGAGCUUCUCCCUCCCCAGCCAGUUCCUGUUUGAGCUAGCCCAGCCCACGCCUGCACAGGAGAUGAAGAGGAGCUCUGGGAAAGAGGAGGCCAGCGCCCUAGGAGCGAGUGUGGAGGAAGGUUCCUCCCUCUCUCCUCUAGAGCUGUUGGACCGCCUCAUCACCCAAGGUUACCAGGCGCACCAGAACCUCAGAAUGCCAAACAAAGCGCUGGACUGGAGUUAUUUUGGAGGUAAACAGCAGAGCAUGAAAACCAAAGGCUCCGCCCAGGGGGACGAGCUCCAGAUGUUGCGCAGCCAGCUGCUGCUGGUCCACGGCCAGCUGCAGUACGAGCGCUACAAGCGGCAGCAGCACGCCGUGAGGAACCGCCGCCUGCUGCGGGAGGUCAUCAAGUCCACCACGCUGGAGGAGCACAGCACCUCCAUGCAAGCCCAGCUGUCCCUUCAGGAAGGGGAGAUCCAGGCCCUCAGAGCCAGCCUAGCAGAGGAGCAGCGACGCUUCUACUGUCUCCAUGACGACUCCAAGACCAACACUGGGAAACUACAGUCGCAGAUGGAACAGCAACAGCAGCAACUGCUGGAUAGCAACAGCACCACGCAGAAGCUACGGAUUGAGUUGCAGGAAUGUCGAGGCAGACUGGGAGAUUUGGAGGCGGAGCUUCAGAAGGCCAAUAACGAGGCAUACAACGCUGAACAUCAACUCACACAACUGUCCCUCAAGGUGUCCAGCAGUGAGGAACUCCAGCAGCAGAUGUUCUUGAUGAACAAACAUCUUGUGCUCCUGAGAGAGACAAAUCGACUGCUGAUAGAGCAACGGGACAACACCAGCUGCCAGGACACGUCGAGGCUCCGGGGCCGAGCGGAAAAGGAGUUGGAAGAGGCCAAUAAGAGGCUGAAGGAGCUGGAGUUAGCCAAUAAGAAGCUGAGUGAACUUGAGACCGCCAAUCAGAGGCUGGCCGAGAUGGAAGCCCUUCUCGGGAGGAAAGAGCAGAUGAUCCUGGACCUGAAGAAACUUCUGGAAGAUACCAAGAUACAAGCGCGGGUGGAGCUUGGUGCAUGCGAAAGUCGCUACGUGGCUGUGAAGAGAAUCUCUCAGGCGCUCAACAACGAACUGCUAGAACUCUACAGCCUCCUGGACCCCCCUGCUCAGACAGCAGCCAGGCGAAACGGCGGCCGUGGCUCCAUACCCAUAACUCAGGACAACCGUUGCCUCGGCGCCAAACCCUCCUCGUCCCUGAGCAUCCUGAACGGGGGCGUGGAGCUCCUGUCCACCUCCCCGCUGUCCCUGUCCCCCAUCGAGUCCCCCCUCGACGUGGGCUCCUUCCUCGGCCAGAGGGCCCGGAUGCUCUUCAGACCUCCGGGCAACAGUCCGGAGGAGGGGGCGGAGCUUGGGGAAGGGGCGGAGCCCCUCGAGAGCCCAGAUCACGACGGGGAGUGUCUGGAGGAAGAGGAACAAGGAGAGGAAGCGCGCGACCUCCACCACCAGCACUCGUCCAGCCAGCUGACCCCGCCGCCCCCGCCCCAGCAGGGCAGUCUGCUGCAGGACGCCAGCAGCAGCAUACUUGGCAUCAUGGACUACGACGGGAUGCUCCUGGAGUACUGACACGGCUGCCGAGGGGUCGUCCCAAAAGGGAUCGAUGAAUAGAUUUUUUUUAUUUUUUUUUGGAGUCAGAACUCCGCAUGGAAGAAGUGAUUCACGGGAGAAUUGCAUGGCAGUGGGGUGAAAGGCGGCCCGACUAUGACUCACAUGGUAGGCGCAGGCUGGCGAGCGAGUAUGCUACUCAUUUAGUUGACUACAAUCGUAGAGGCAACUAUGUAAGCUACUCUCCUGUUCCGGUGAAACAGUGAGGUGGCUACUUCUUUGCGCUGAUCCUUGUUUUCCUUGUUUGUCCAACUACUGGGCUGGCGAAGGUGCAAGCCUGUUUUGUGCAAACCUGCAAAGAAAUAGUUAGCCAGCGACCACUAGCUUGCCGGCCAGCAAGGGUCCUAAAAGCUAAAUGUACCAACUACAAGGUUACUAGUGCAGAGACGGCUAGAGAGGGGAAACCCAUCAACCGCUAAUGAAGCUAUUAUGGUUUACUUCAAGGUUAGUAAGUUACCUGCUGGCUGGUGGCUUAUUCAAACAUAAAUCUCUACCUUCUAUCUUUUAAUCAGUAACAAAACAGAAGUGGCAGUUGUUAUGUCCUUAGAUUAAUUGGGGUUUGUAAUCCACUCUCUGAUGGGUAAAAUCUAAAUGAUUUUCCAAGAAGGUGGGAACAGCAAUUUUUCUAGUUUAGGAAGAAACCCAAAUUAAUUUAGUUAAAUACCUGCUACCGACUGCCAGAGAGUGCCAUAUUGCCCUCCUUCUCUUCAUGUUUAGCCUCGUUUUUCAAUGUUUCAAUGUCACUCCCUGUGACCAGUCCACCGAACUUUAAAGAGAGACGUGUGUAAAACAACAUGUUGCUGCUAAACCCAGCAGAGGCCAGCGACUACAUUGGUUAUCAGGUGUUUGACAAGUUGGUGUCGGCUCUUUCGGACCGCGGGCAGCAGCAGCCUGGUCCAGCUAAAGACAGACAGGUGAGCUAGCAGGAUCGGUGGACUUUUUAUACGGUUCUCUGGGCUUUACAUAAUGGAAUGCUACUUUUAAAUAAGCUAACCAUGUUUUUAAUGAGUGAGCUCCUGCUGGUCUGGUGUCCUUCCCCUCACCGCUGCUCUGUGUGGUGGCAGCGGCGGCCUGACCGUGACCAUCGGUCCUCUCACAGUACACUACAUUAUUACUCAGGGUUCCCUCCUGCUCCCGUAUCUCACACUGCGCUAGCAGUAUAAAAAACAUUGCUCUUCACCAUCAUCUCAUCUGGCUGAAAACGCUCUCAAAUGACCUUGAGACAAUCCCACAAGUGAUGAUGUUAUUCUCUGUGAUUGUGUUGAUUCCCAGAGUGUAAGCCGCAUCAAAUUACAGAACUUCGCCCCUAGUAUGAUUACAGCUGCAUUACAGCUGGCUUGCUUUUGGGGUGUUGUUCCUGGUUUAAUUAGCACAUGCUGAUCUGGUUCAUGUUAAAGCAGGAAAUCUGCUUUACAGUCCGGCAUAUGGCAUAAUGUAUUUUUUAAAAAGUGUUGGAACUCUGGACUUCAUGAUUACCAUCCUGGCUUUCUGGUGAAGACGUUGCUGGUUGUUCCGCCUCUUAGUCUGGGAAAAAAAACUUUAAAAAAACGUGCUUAACAUUGUUUCCGUUAUAAAUUCUGCCCAAACGUGUGUAAAUCCAAAAUGUUGUGUUUCGUUUAUGUUAGAAUAAUAAUUAUGGAGCAUUAUCUGUAGUCUGCGUCCAUCAUGUCCAAAAGGCAGCGUGCUCUGUGUUAUAGAAUAUAAGACAUUGGAUUCCCUUUGAAGGAUAGCUUUUCUUGCAUUCAGACACAUCUCAUCACGACUGGAAAGUUGUAUGAUUUGUUAAAACUCUUAUUCUAUUCUAGACUAUUUUUGAAUUGCCAACUCGUUUCAUAUUUCAGGCGUAGCACAAAAUGUGGCUGCCGGAAAAUCUCCAUAAUCCAUAAUGUAAUUGCACCAAAAGUAGUGUUCGCUUUUACUUGAGGUGAGCUGAAUAGCCAAUCAAACAUAUUCAUUAAACUGAACUGUGGGGCUGUUAUCUUCAAUCCAUGGUAUGGAUGGAAAUGCAACCCACAUAAUCUGUAGGCCCACCAUGUAAACUUGGAAGAAGCAAACCAUUUCUAAAUUACAAUGUGAAUUGAAUUCAAUUUGUGAAAUAAAAAACAGUACUGUUGGCAGAAAGACCCAAAUAUUUAUCUAAGGAAGAAUGUACUAGUCCGGUUGUGUUGAGGCUGAUGUGCAAAGUGUUCCACAUAUUACGUCUACCUCAAGCGGAGCAAUUGACCUGUCAGAUGUCAAACUGGUUUUCACCACAAGGAGGCGACACAAACCUCAACGUUUUUUUUCUCCUGCAAUGCUGAUGUCCCAACCAAAACAUCUAGGUUUGUCUCGUUGCUAGGGCAAAUUGCUUAAGUAAAAUAACCACAUUGCCUUGUUCGAAGCCAUCCCUACACAAGAAUGUUUAACUGUGAACAAUAGAAUAAAUAAAUGAUAAAUCUUGAUUUUUUUUUUCUGUGUCUCACUCUCCCAUUUCUAGUUAUCCAGCUUGUUUGCACUGCAUAGUAAUAUAGGUAUAUAUGAUUAGUAAGGUCAACCAAAGGAAAUAUUACAUUCGAAUACAAUUGUCAAUCUAGA